UUCGGAAUGCGUAAGCGCGGUAAAAUAAUUCUGUAAGAUUGUUUAGGUUAUGUGUUUCAUCACGAUUACAGAGAUACUGGAAUUAGGGUUCAGUUAAAGCGCCUGAGAACAAAGUAAGGUUUGCCAUUGAAUAUUUGUGUACGCUUUAGAUAUUAUCGUUCUACAUUUGUAUGCCAGCCAUGGAUACAAUGCGUCCCCAAGUGGAUAUGUUGGACACGGCUGGAAAAAUGCUGGAAAGAUAUUUGGCCAUGGAUAGCAGCUUUCCAAGCCUUGUUGAUGUUACUCAGAUCGCACCACAAGGCAUUGCAACUGUGAGCGGUUUGAAUGACAUGGACUACCCAAGUGUAAAUGGCCUGGUGUCUGGGAUGUCUACUGUGAAGCAUGUCACGACCACUAACAGGGUACCUCUGCCUCCAGAGGUGAUGGAGCACUUUGGUCACAUGCAGUGCCAUUGUAUGAUGGGGCUGUUUACGGAAAUCAACAGAGCCUGGCUCACUAUAGAUAGUGACAUCUAUGUGUGGACCUAUGAGCAUGGGACUGACGUGGCCUACUUUGAUGGUCUGGGAGAAACGAUUGUGAGCGUGGGGCUGGCGAAACCCAAACCAGGAGUGUUCCACAAAUUUGUGAAGCACUUGCUGGUCCUGACGACCACUGUCGAGAUUGUAAUCCUGGGAGUUACGUUCUCAGCAACGAAAGAUGGUCCGUUGGGUCAGUUGGAGGAAAUGCAUCUGCUGCCUGAACCCGUGUUUGUGUUGCCAACUGAUGGAGUUGCCAUUAAUACAAUUGCCAGCACCAGUUCAGGGCGGAUCUUCCUGGGAGGGCGCGAUGGGAGUUUAUAUGAAGUGGUUUACCAGGCAGCAGGCAGUUGGUUCGGGAGGCGCUGCAAGAAGGUGAAUCACUCGACAGGGACGCUGUCAUUCCUUGUGCCAUCGUUCCUGAAUCUGGCAUUUGGCGAGGAGGAUCCUAUAGCACAGAUCAGCAUAGACAACAGUCGCAACAUCUUGUUCACACUAACAGAGAAGGGUCGCAUUGAGGUGUUCGACCUGGGAGGGGGAGGCAUGUCCACCAGCAAAGUGACAAGCAUGAACCAGAUCACCAUUGUCCAGUAUGCUGUAAGCAUAGUGAAGACACUGGAUGGCAGUAACUUCCGCCCACUGGCGAGCGUGUGUGCCAUAGAGGCGGAUGAGUCCUCACAUCUGAACCUGGUGGCAGUGACUCAGACUGGCGUUCGACUCUACUUCACAACAGGAUCAAUUACAAAUGUCAAUGUAAGACCAUACACACUGCAGCUGAUGCAUGUACGUCUUCCCCCUGGGUUUGCUGCAAACGCUCCAUCAUCGCGUCCCAACAGAGUGCGCAUGGCUCAUUAUAAGUGUGGGAACCUGCUACUGGUGACGGCACCAGGCAGUGAACGUGACGUCUUGUGGUGCCUAUCAAGUGACCCGUACCCGUUCCAUCCAUACCUGGUGGAGGCGCAGACUCUGAUACCUCUUGAAGGCAUUGUCUGGGCAAUGGCGGAGGUGCAGGGUGGUGAUGUGAAGGCCAUACUACCCAGUGUGAACUUCCGUGAAUCCAGAGCCGAGGACCCUGUCAUGAUGCCCGAUCCUCCGUUGGUGGUCAGGCAGCACAUGGAGUCGCCAAGGAAGUACAUCAUACUCACACAGCAGGGGGCAGAGAUCUUGCAGAAGCUGCGGCCAGUGGACCUGCUACGCCAGCUGCUGGUUGAGAACCGGGGACCUGAAGCUGAAGCAGUGAAGUUAUUCUUUCAGGCCCAGAAGGAGGAACAGGCUUGUGCCACAAGCCUGAUACUGGCCUGCUUGCAAAGCGCACAGAACCUGCAGGUGGCAGAGUGGGCCACUCGUGCCUUCUUCAUGUACGGAGGUGAACCCAAGAUCAGAGCUGUUGUCUCCCCCGCUGCAUCCCCUUCUUUCCAGUACUCCAUGGCGAGUGGAGCAUUUAGCCCCACAGUCGUAUCGACUCCAUACGCACAAUCCCACGUCACUGGAAGCCCACAGCAGAAUAUCUCCCUAAGUACCAGUGAACCCAGCAUUGGCACGGGUAGCAUACAGUAUUCUCACCGCCACAAUGGACUGUACCUGUAUGUUGGACGCAUUGUUCGGCCACUGUGGAAUGUUAAAAUUGUCAGCAAGGCAACUCUGGACAAGAUGCAGUUUCUGUGCAGUUCUGUGUCAAGAGAGGACUGUGUUUGGAUCCUGGGCCACCUGCAGGCCCUGCGGAACUUCCUGGAGAAGAACACACAGCUCUCAGUCUCUGGAGUCAUGAAUAUCCACCUGCAGAACACAAUGCUGCGGCAUGCAGGCCACGACUCGUUUGAAACAUCAUUACAUCACCGCACACCCCAGAGGAACCGGGAGCAGGAGGCCCAGUUAGAAGAGAAGCAUUCGCUUGAUGCUUUGAAAGCAUUUGUGGCACAUACAUGUGAAGUACUGGGCAUGUGGCGCAUACUGUGUGAGCAUCAGUUCCACGUCAUAGCAGACACCCUUAGUAAGGACCUGCAGAAUCAGCUGCAACAGAUGAAUUUCAGAAAUCUUGUACUGGAAGGUCAGGAUGUCUGCUCUGUCCUCAUCAGCAGCCUCAUCAACAGAUAUCUGGAUGAUAAUGCUUCAGUGGAUGCAAUCAGCUGUAAGCUGCGUGAGGUCUGCCCGAGUCUGUACAGGAGGGAAGAUGCUGCAUGCUCCAAGGCAAGCGAGAUGCUCCUGAGUGCAAAAACAAUUAAGAACCCAGAGGAACGAGAGGCAAAGCUACGGGAGGCUCUGCAGCUGUGCAAGAGCGUGGCUCCACAGGUGAACUUGCAGAUGAUGUGCCAAUGGUUCUUCAGCAGCCAGUUCUAUGAGGGAGUGCUGGAACUGGCACUUGUGUAUGCAUCCAAAGUCGACCCCAAGAAUGUGGGAUUUCACUUUUACAAGAACAAGGAGCCAGCUGAAGACACUGAGGGCUACCAGGCAUAUAUCAAGAGGAUGGAGUGCUACAAGGAGGUGACCAGUCUGCUGGAUCACCUGUAUGACCAGAAGACUUCGAGCAGACACACACUGAGCGUGACGGUGUCUCCCGGCGUCCCCGUGGCACAGGACACUACACAGAUCUCCCAGAGUGAAGCCAAUGACCAGGUAAACCGGCUGGUUCGAUCGGCAUUGCAGUCACAGGAUGAGUUAAUGCACGUGGCUGUGUUUGAUUGGCUGGUGACAAAACAGCUGACAGGUGACCUGCUCACAGUACACCAGCCCAGCAUGGAAAUGUACCUUGUGCGCAAAUCAGAGCAGAGCCCUGAAGUAUGUGAUCUGCUCUGGAAGUACUAUGAGAAAAACAUGAACCACGCAGCAGCUGCCAAGAUACUGCACAACCUUGCCACUCGUCCUGGCUCAUCCAUUACAUUGCUUCAGCGCAUAGAGUAUUUGGCCCGUGCAGUCGUGUGUAUGAGGAGUGAUCAGGUGGGGUAUGCCCCACAGCUGGGAGUGUUCUUGCGAGAACUUGAGGAUAAGAUUGAUGUGGCACGUAUCCAGCAGCAGGUGCUGGAGGCACUCACCAAGUUGAAGGGGCGAAACCGCUUGGCUGAAGAUGCAAUUCUGCGUCUCAACUCCAGCCUGCUAGAGAUCACACAGCUUUACGAGGAGUUCUGCGAGCCAUUCAGUCUCUGGGAGUGCAAGCUAGCCAUCAUUCAUUGCUCGGGUCACUAUGACCUCGCCCUGGUCGAGACAAUCUGGCUCAACAUCAUUGAGACUGAACUGCAGGCUUGUAGCUCUGUUGGGGCUGAUGACAGGAUGGCAGUGCUCAUGAGCAAGAUAAAGUCCCUUGGACAAGAGUAUGGUGGCUCACCACGCUGCUUUCCAGUCCCAUUCCUUGUGCGCCAGUUGGAGCUGAAGGCAUGUAGGCUACAUGCUGAUACCAUGCAUGUACAUAGUGCAAUGGUUGCUCUUGGUGUUCCUCUGAUGACGCUGAUGGAUGUGUAUGAGAGACUGGUUGCUGCAAAUGAGCGUGUGUGGUUGACCGAGGGCAAUGAAUUCCAUCUGGUGGAGGCGCUCGCUCAGUUAAUAGAGAGUUUCACUGUCAGCCCACAGAUGGUGAGCCUUGUUGACAGGCGAGCCACACUUGCCAAGGCAUCUGAUGUGAUAUCAAAUUGCCUGAUGGUGCUGUACAGUAAACCAGACACUGCAGAUUUGAUCCACAGGCUGCGUGGCAUUCAGGCCAAGUUGAACCGCCUGUCUGCCUGUUAGCAAAUUGCGUAAUAUGUUCUUCUCAGCUGAACUGAAUGUGUCUCAUAUAUCAAGUUUAUUUGUUUUGGCCAAUUAAACAUUGAAGUACAACAUACAAACAUUUGGUAAUUUGUUACCACCCAGAGACUGAAACAGCACUGAUGCUGAAGCAUUCCUGAAGCUGGUUAUUUGAAUGUGGGAAGCAUCGACUUGGACAUUCAGCAGACUUUAUAACAGUGAAAUAUUUUGAAAUGCAGAGUAACUGCUAGCUGCUCGAGAAAUUCUAGUACCAUAUGAUUUUAAAUUAUUAGGUCAUACAGUUUCCGAGGUCUGUUUUUGCACACUGUUAAAGAAGAAAUUCAGCGCAUUUUAUUCUUUUAAUGUGUUCACAAUGUAAAGCUGCAAAAGUGUACCUAUUAGCAUCACUGUGGCUGUCCAUCUGUGUGUAUGCUGGGGUGCAAUAACUGCUGAAUGCAUUUUCAUGAAAUUUGGUGUUGGAGAGUUUUACCAGAAUCUGUCAACACAUUCCACUUUUUGCUGAAGUAAUCCACAGUUUGUACGAAGACCAACAUGUGCUUGUGCACACAUGUUGAAUGUGACUCACUAAAUAUUUAUAAGAAUAAAAGAUUUUUUGAACAGGAAUGGUGGUGAACUAUGAAAUACAUUUUAUAUCCAGUCUGCUUUCUGAUUGUGUUUUUAAAUAAAUGCAUAAAAGGAAAUGAACAGUUUGCAUACAUUUACUUUUUUCUUUCUUUGAACAAUUACUAGUUUCUUGGUAUAGACCGGGGCACGUGGUUGUGUAGUUGGUUGAGGCACUAUGCUACAGUUGGAAGGUCAGGAGUUUGAUUCCCAGUGAGGUUAUUGCAUUUU